GUCAUUGUAUCCACUGAACGAACACCUGUCUUCACUAUAACGCUCAUCGAUUUGACCUAUGGCUGGGGGAUUUGGGCCUCCGCUGGGCGGGUCUUCGCUGGAAGGAUCUGAAUGGCGGGGCGAGGCUCGUGUCGUCGGUCCGCCCUGGACACAUCUAAUAACACUCACAAUCGGACUGCUCGGCGUGCAAGUAUUCUGGAGCGUCGAAAUGUCAUACGGCUCUCCAUACCUCAUCUCGCUUGGCUUCAGCACCUCCCACGUCGCGCUCGUCUUUCUGGCCGGCCCGUUCUCCGGACUGGUCGUGCAACCGCUCGUAGGGGCAUAUGCCGACACCUCCACCUCUCGCUUCGGACGGCGCAGGCCAUAUAUCCUUGUCGGAUGUCUGCUUUGUGUGGUGGGAAUGCUGCUGCUUGGGUACACGCGCGGCGUCGCGGGUCUUUUCACGACGUCAGGCUCGUCUGCGCACUCGACCCUCACGAUGAUCCUCGCAGUCGUCGCGAUCUUCCUCAUCGACUUUUCCAUCAAUGCAGUGCAGGCGGUUGACCGCGCGCUGGUCGUCGACACACUGCCUCCCUCCCAACAAGCAGCGGGAAAUGCUUGCGCAGCCCUGAUGCUGGGCCUUGGCGCCGUUGUAGGUUUUUUCGUGGGGAACUUGCCGUUGGUAUCGAUGCUGUCUUUUCUCCACGCAGAGUCGGAGCUGCAGGCGCUCUCUGGCCUUGUUUCCAUGAUCCUACUCGGAUUCCAUCUCGUCACAGCGAUUCUUGUCAAAGAGCGGGUGCUUGUCGGAUCACACGACACACCCAGACCGUCGUUGAGGCACGAGUUCCGUGAGAUAUGGUCCAACGCGCGGUCAUUGCCCACAGUCAUCAGACAGAUUUGCUUGACCCAGUUCUUUGCAUGGCUCGGUUGGUUCCCGGUUCUGUUCUACACGACCCUGUACAUCACCGACGUGUAUAUGCGUUCGGCAAUGAAUGUGCCACCGAGCAGGCGCGAGGACACCGCUGACUUGGACGAAGCCACCCGUUUAGGUGCCCACGCGCAACUGCUUUCUUCGAUUCUUUCUCUGGCGACCAACGCUCUUUUGCCUCUUUUGACUGCACCGUCGUCAAUGACGUCAUCGCCACACACAAAGUCAGGGACAAGACAGUGGCUUCCGCAGUUUUCGCUGCCCAUGUUGUGGGCUGCAAGUCAUGCCAUAUUUUCAUUGUGCAUGAUCGGAAGCUUCUUCGUACAGAGUGUUGCUGGUGCGACAGUCUUGAUCGUGUGUACCGGGUUUUCCUGGGGCGUAACCCAAUGGGCGCCGUUUUCUCUGCUAGCGGAGGCGAUCCUGACCUCGAGUCCGACCCCUGACGCUCAUUAUAUUCAGCUCUCGGACCAUCGUAGCGCGACGAACCUCGUCACAGACGAAGAAGACGAGCGACAAGCCUUUCUUGUCGCUGAGGAAGACGAAGAAGAAUCUGAUGAGGACGCCGAAUCGGUCGAGACGGCUACUCCAACAAAAGGCAUGGGCAAGGCUCAGGUCUUAUUGGGGAACUCGUUGGCACAGAUGAGUGUCGUCGAUGUCACCACUCCAAGAUUGCCGGCUCCAGAGCCGGAGAUAGUCGACGUUGAACCCAGAGCCGCCGCCGUCGGAGGACUCGGUGCCAAAGCUGGCGUGAUUCUGGGCAUUCACAACAUAUUUAUCGUGAUCCCUCAGUUCCUGAUCACAGGAUUUUCUGCAAUUGUAUUUGCAGUGCUGGAUGGGGGCCAAAAAAAGGGAAGAAACUCGGUUGUAUAUAUAUUUCGAAUCGGGGCGAUAUGGGGCGCAAUUGCGUUUGUGCUCGCUUGGCGAUUGGCCCGCGAGCUGAGACGAGGCAAAAGUAGUAUAGCCGGACAUUUGAUUACUUAAUCGACUACACGCAAAGUGACAUGACGGCACUAGCCCUUGAGUUUCUUCAUCCUCGGUGCAUCGUCCUCCGGGGCUUCCGACUGCCUGGCGCGCUUCUUCCCUUUAGCCUUUUUCUUCUUCUUCGCCUUGGUAUUUGGGUCGUCGUCUACGUCAUCCUCUUGGUCAGGUCGGUACUCCGCAGACUCAACAUCCAAUCUCCGACUCCUCCUGGUCCUCAGCGGACUUCCGGACGCAGCCGCAGCGACACCUUCCAUCUCGGCUGUCCGGAUCCUCCUAUCGGCGGGACUCUCCAGCUCUUCGUCGGUUGAGUCGCCGCGCUGGGAAUAGGCCCAUGAAGGGGUCGGAGAUCCCCGCCGCCGGCCGCGUGAGACGGAUGCGUUAGUCGACGUUGAGCCUGCAUUUGAUACUGGCGGACGGGGACUUGAAUCCGGAUUGGUGACUCUGGACGACCGCUCUCUUUUCAAAGGCUGUAGCUGCUUCUUGACCCCUCUGACCUCUUCACCGUCUCUGGGCAGAUAGAAGACCUCCCCCUCCCUGAGAAUGUCCAAACCAACAAGUUGCCGCACGAUGCCAAUGAGAUCGCUGCUGAAGUCGAGUCCCUCGAUGUCACUGACCAUCCGGUGGCUGUCCUCAGUCGUCGCAUCACCGAGAUCUCUGAUGUCCGCUUCGGCAAUUAGAUCCGAUGAGCCGAGCGAGCAGCCUGGAACGAUGAAACAGAUACGAGGGCUGUCUGGGUUUUCCGAGUCCUCUGGCAGGUCGAUUCGACGAUAUCGGCACUGGGACCGAGUCAUUGGUGAUGUGUUAGUAGAUGUUGUGGCGGGCAGGGUCGGAAGAGAAGCGACACUGGAGGACGUAGAGCUCGUCGAUGGCGUGCGUUCAACGCUUGGUCGAAUAGUCGUCAUCGAGUUCUGACGGACCGGUUUCACUGAAUGUCGGUGCCAAAGCGUGGGCGGAGCCACUGGCGGGGGUGGUGGCGCUGGAGGCGGUGGAGGAGGUAAGGCAUGCGCCGUUCGCUGUAUUGUCACAACUCGAGGUGAGGGCGAGCGGGAUGGGACCAGAAGCUUGGAGAUCAUGCUUGAGUUCGACGACGUUUCUUCUGCAUUUUCCUCGUCUGACUCAAUAGCCUUCUCUUUACCCUUGGACCGAGCCCUGGCAACGGAUCCGACGCUGACUUUGCUGGCUUUCGAAGUCGCCGACUGGUCAUCGUUGUCGUCGUCAUUCUCGUCGCGCUUGCGUUUAAGUGUCCCAGAGCUACACGGGCUUGAGAAUAUUCGUACAUUAGAUGAGAACAGAAGACGCACUCUUGAUCAGAUGUGAUGACUUCCGCAAAAUCUCGAGUAACAGCAGGAGGCGUUCUUUCUGAUUCCUCAUGUUUUGCAUCCAUGGCAGCAGAUGAGAUUGGUUCUGGUUGGGGUUUUUCUUCAACAGCAAUAUUUUUUACCCCGGAUUCAGCAUCGAUUUCCGUCGAGGCAAUGACAGGUUCGAAAACCGAUUCAAUCACAGGCUCUUCGACUGUGGGGGUAUCGAGCUCUGAGUCGUCGCCGAGAGAGACUUCGUCGCCAUCCGCAUCCGCAUCGGAGCCAGAGUCGUCCCUCGACGCUGUGUUGGCGUCCUCCUCUGCCGAUCGUUCGUCGACCGUGAAUAAGUUUCGUUCCUCGAAAACAGGUUCGUCAACGACAGGUUGUUCGACGGAUUGCUCGUCUGUGGUGGAGUUAAUGACGGUCCGUUUCUCGAGGGCUCGCUCGUCAUCGAUGACUGAGCUUGGCGCAUCGGUGACAACAACUGGAUCGUCAAUGGCGGUAACUGGAUCUUCGAAAACAGUGUCUGACUCGUCGACAACAGCAACUGUAUCAUCGACAACAGCGACUGAAUUGUCGGCGAUUGUAUCUUCACCGGCAGGAAUGGCAAGGAUUGAACCAUCGUCUUCGCUCUUUACAUCGUCAGAGACCGCACUUUCGUGCUGGGAAACAGAACGGUCAUCCCCGAUCAAUUCAUCUUCAAGGGAUGAUUCGACGACCGCCCCAUCUGGCACCCAUUCAAGAGCUGAUGGUUUGCCCACGUCCUUGUCGAAGUCCUGGCCUCCGUCAGAAUUCGGAUACCCCAACUCGACUUCAUCUUGCCCGUCAGCGACAUCGGAGUCUCGAUUGCCAGCAGCUUCCUCUCCCUGUACUUCUUCCAGUGCAUCCGAUUUUGGCAACGUGGUAUCAACCGUUCUGAGCGAGUGAUCAACGUUUGGCCGCUCCACUGUGCGAAUGAGAAGCACGUACCUCAGAUCGAAAUCAAGUGAAACCGGAGCCGGUGGUGGGCUGGAUGCCCGGGAUGAGAGACCAGAGACGGGAGUGAACAAGCUUGCAGACGUUGUCCGGGCCAGUAACAGAGAGGGGAGCACAGUUUGGACUAGCGGGGGCGAGCCGGGAUAAGGGUCGGCGACAUUUUCGUUGGCAAGGAUUGGCAUCGGAAUCGGGUCGAGUAGAGGAGAAAUGGUCUGGUCCCCAUGAAUGGGGUGUUCGGGCAGAGUAGGAUUAACCAGGGCCUCAUCCUGCACAGGAAGUUCUGCUUGGUCUGCUUGUUCAAGCGAUUCGACUUUCUCCAAGAGUUCGGCAUCCUCUGAAGGUUCGACAUUUUGCGAAGAUUCAACUGAUUCGAGCAGCUCGACUUUUUCGGACGCCUCGGCAGUACAUGCAUUGUUUCCAACUUCCUCGACGACAGUCGUGACACCCGCACUGAUCUUCAUGUGUCUCUCCUCCGUCGGCUCCUCUUCUGUAGACAAUCGCGAAUGAGGCUCGACGGAGAUAUUGCGCGAGAUGGAGGGGUUUGUGACUCCUUCAACUUCUCCGUUGAGAUCAGGCUCUUCUCUCUCGGUAUCUUCAGCAUGUUCUUCAACAUCGUAGUCCGUCAUAGGUUCCUCCACAAAGAAAACGCGGUUUUGCGGUUCGAUAGACACGGUGCGCGAAAUGACGCGAGCUUCAGACUGCCCGUCUGUGCCUUCUGUCUCGCUUUCAGCUUCUUCCACGACAUAGCCGAAACCAACGCCAAUCUGCAGAUAAUAGUCCUGUUCAGAAGCCGUGAGAGGCGCGCUCGGAUCCGUAGGCACCGCUUCAAACGUCGGCAACUCGUCGCUCGAGUCGUCGAAGAUUUCUAGCGGUGGAAUCCUGGGAUCGCCGUCUUCAUUGUCUUCGUCGUCGUCAUUUUGAUAGUGAAGGGUAUCAUCCCAGCCAGUGGCUGAGCAUCCUGAGUAUCGGAGUGAAGCCUUCAAGGCAGACGCACCAUCAACUCCGAAAUCUGGGGAUGAUGUCGCGAUCGGACUUGAGCCCGGGAGAACAUCAGCAUAAUCCACGGCGAGCUCGUCAUCGCCAGCGUCUAUAUCGGCUUGCAGUAGUUCGGCAAGUGUCAGAUGCUCGUUUGUUGAGAUGGGAGGUGGAGAGGAGCCUAGCGGCUUCACUUGUUCGUCGUCGCCGUCGUAAUCAGCUACCACCUCAGACGGAUCCGCAUGCGGGGAAGAGCCGAUCUGGUCCUCUUCAGCCAAUUCGUCCAUCUGCUUGUCUUGCAUCAAGUAAACUGUCUCGACAGGUGGCGCUGAAACCAGCUCAAUAAGGGAGCGGGCACGAUAAAAAACAGUCACCAUAUUCAUUCUCCUCCUCGGAUUCCGAACCGGUCUCAGCUUCGUCUUGAUCUUCGUGACUUUCAUACCUGAGAAAGGGACUGUUUAGCGCCAGCUCUUCGUGGUUCUGGACCAUGUCCUCGUCCGAAUAAACCUCGACGAUGUCGGCUUCAUCCAUCUCUUCCUCCGGCUCCUCAUCUUCGGCUGGUUCGUCAUCUCGAGCUGAAACGUUGUGCUUCCGCGACCAACGCGCGUGCGCGCGAGCUGAGCUCUCCCCGUGUCUGAUGGCCAACUCUUCUUCUUCUUCGUCGUCGUCAUCCUCCUCCUCAUCAUCCUCUUCUAGUUCCUCCUCCUCCCCUUCUUCGAGAUCAUAAUCCACUCCCUCUUCAUCCUCCUCCUCCUCCUCGCCCUCCAGAUCUCGUAGACGCAACCGUAGUCGCGGUCCCCCUUCGUCCGCUUCUUCGUCAUACUCCGCUCCGCUGUCUUGUCCUUCCUCAUUCCCAUCAUCAACCUCAUCCUCGUCAGAUUCCAUGUCAAUUUCGAUAGGCGCGUCGCGGUCGCCCCGACCAAGUCCAGGUCCCUCGCGUGGGUCGCGCCCUUUGCCUUUCGCGUCUGCGGUGGUAGGUUGUCGCACGUAGUCCUCCUCCUCUACGUCUUCGCUCGCACUCCGCGCCACAUGCCACUCCUUCUUCGUCUUUACUUUGUCCGCACUCGUCUCGGCGCGAAACCCGAGCGCGCCCUUGAGAGCGCUCGUGAUAUCUCCGAUCCAUUCGUCAAACUGGGGUUGAGUGAACUUAUCAUAGGGAUUUAUGACGGGGGCGCGGAGGGCGAUGGGCUUCGGUGCAUGUCGCGAGCGCGAGUAACGCGACACUGAGGUAGAAAGUGACUGAGUGGUGGAGAUCGAGCUGGGGAAGGAGCCUAUGGGGGCGGAGGAGGAAGAAGAAUGGGAAAAGGAGGCGGAUGAGAUGCGCGCAUUGCCAUUGCUACUGAAAAAGGGUGGAGAGGACAUGAUUUCGCCGUAGAGAGCAAGGUCACGACAUGCGAGUCUGCGACAAGGCGAGGAUUGAU